AUGCUUCCUUGUACUAGUCGAACAGUGUUUGAUGUACCAAUAAGGUGGAAUCGAGCUCGUUUUAAUGCCAUUCGUACGAAGUAUCGUCGUGCUCGAAAACUAAUCGAAAUUAGUAUUAACGCACAAUUGGAAAAGCGAGUAAAAGAUCUUAGUGCUCAAAAUAGCCAGAUCAAAUCCGCAAUGUCUUAUCUAAAUGGAAACAUAGCAAAGCACGAGCGAAAACUUCAGACGUUGGAUAAUCUGAUUGGAAUUGGUUCGGAAUCUUUAUCGAAUCAUUUCAGUCAACGUAUGGAGAAAAUACAUACGGUUGUCAAAGAGCAAUGCAACAUCAUUGAGAAUACGUUGAAUGAAGAAAACGAAUAUUGGAAAGACAUCUACUCUGUAAUAACGUCGAAAGAGAAUCAUUACUGUGGAAUACCGAAUGACGCCUUAUUACCAACGAUAAAACAAGAGUGGCCAGAAGUAGUGUUUUCUCCGGAAAAAUCUGAUUAUGGAUAUCCAUCCAUUGAUACUUGUGAUGUUAAAAUGGAAGAAUCAAUUGAUUUGUCUUCUCUACCAUUGCCGAAUGAACACCAAGCAGUAUCACCCGUGUUUACCCAGCCGAAAUUUCCAGAACAACUUUAUUUCUCACCAUCAAUCCUCCAGAAUGAACCAUCCGAACUAACUGGUGCCAUUCAUGCGCCAUUCGAUGAAAAAGAGGAGUCAUUCGAGUCGUGCGAUCCAAUGAUACCACUGGAUCGAAUCAAUCGUACAUUACUUCUUCAACAUUUGAAUGAGGAUGAUAUUGAACGUUUCGAUAUUCAAUCGAAGUUCUAUUCACGAAAUCCUGAUGCAAAUCUGGAACCAACACCCAGACUCCGAACGCGCUCUACUGUUACAAGAGAUUCUCAGUCUAUCGAUCGAACGAAAAAUCGAUCAGCAUCAACGAGUGUUCAAACAACAGCUAUUUUGCGCAAGCAAAAAUCCGUAGUCAUUAUUGAGAAUGAGAACAAAACACGGAAAACUAAGAGUACAAAGAAAAAACACGCAUCAAUUAAGAGAUCACCAUUGCUACCCGACGUCGCUGCAUCCAAGCAAUAUAGCACUCGUUUUUCUAAACGUUUUCAUCGAUUGGAGAACUUAUCAUCAUCAAUUAUUGAGGUGAAGGAUGAAAAUCAAGAUAGCAGUGCAUCGAAGAAUUGGCGUAGUCGUUUACGAAAAAAAGCUUGA